AUGCUCAAGGAGGAGCACGAGGUGGCCGUGCUGGGGGCGCCCCAGAGCCAGGUGGCCAUGCUGGGGGCGCCCCAGGGCCAGGCGCCCGCGACGACCACGGUGAUCAACAUCCGCAGCGACACCGCCGUGCCCGACCACAUCGUGUGGUCCCUGUUCAACACCGUCUUCAUGAACUGGUGCUGCCUGGGCUUCGUGGCAUUCGCCUACUCUGUGAAGUCUAGGGACCGGAAGAUGAUCGGCGACAUCACUGGGGCCCAGAGCUAUGCCUCCACCGCCAAGUGCCUGAACAUCUGGGCCCUGGUCCUGGGCAUCUUUCUGACCAUUGGAUCGAUCGUUGUUCUCGUGUUCAUCUACGUGGCAGUCUACCGUACGGCUUUGGAGAUAAUGAAAAAUAGAGGCUACUAGCCGCUGUCCGUGGAGGCGGUCCAGGGCCUCCACCGUCCUUGGUGGCUUUGCACCCGAGGCAUG